AUGGUGUCUAAAAAGACCUUGGCCAUCGGUGGUUCUAUUACUGUUGCGGUGGCUGUGGUUAUUGUCGUUCCUUCAGUUCUGCUGACUCCUCGAACAGCCCAGUUCAGGGCUGCAUUCGUGGAGGGAUGUGAGGAGUAUGGAGAGGCAAGCUACACCUGUGAGAAAAUACUGAACACCUUUGAACAAGCCUAUGUAGGGAAGGACCACUGUGGCUUUGCUGAGGAAAAUUACAACCAGCUCUUUGCCUCGAACCCCUUCAGUCAUCAGUGUGGCAGAACAAUGCUCUGGAGUGGAACAGAAGAUGUGAUCGAUAGGUUUGCUGAGAAUUCAGGUGAUGUCAUCUUGGCAAAGACUUUGUUAGGAUCCGUGCUGGAUGGACUGGAAUGGUGUGGAGCGGAGGGCAGCAAGAAUACAUUUAUUUAUCUUUGCAAAACCUGCGAUCCCAAUCCUGUGAGUUCAUUCUGGAGAACUGCUUCUGCCAAGUUUGCAGAAUAUGCCUGUGGUUAUGUCAAUGCGAUUCUUGAUGGUGAAAUAACUGAACCCUACUAUUCGAAAAGUCACUUUGCAAGUUAUGAAGUUCCAAAUCUACAACCCUACAAAGUGACACACCUCAGUGUUCUUCUGGUCACUGAGAGCGGGGGACAUUGUGACUGUGAAUCGCUGGGAACUUUAAGACAGGAUCUGGAUUACAGAAUAAGUUGUUCUUGCCAUGCAGCGACCCGAUCAACUGUCAAAAAGUGCAUGGAACAAAACACAACCUCCGAUGACUGCCUGAGAAACCUCCUGAACUCAAAUUAAACUGUCAGACGUGACUCAGCAUAAAAA